AUGCAGACCAAACAUUUCUUUAGCGAUCCAAACCACCUGGUUCUCACAGCGCUCAAUUCGCUUACACUCACAAACCCAUCUCUGGCCUUGGACCGACAGAACAAGAUCAUUUUCCGCCGUCCAGAUGCGCCCCGCAGAGCAAACAAGGUUUCCAUCGUGACGGGCGGCGGCUCCGGCCACGAACCCGCUUUCGCAGGCUUCGUCGGCCACGGACUCUGCGAUGCCUCGGUCGCCGGUACUAUCUUUGCCUCACCGUCUGCCGAACAGAUCCGCAGAGCGGUCAUCGAUCGCGUCCCCACUGAAAGCGGAGUGCUGAUCAUUCCCAUGAAUUAUACCGGUGAUGUGCUGAACUUCGGUAUGGCCACGGAGAAAUCCCGUGUUGCCGGUAUUCAGACGGAAUUCUUUGCUAUCAAUGAUGAUGUUGGUGUUGGUCGCGAGAAGGGUGGGAAAGUCGGUCGUCGCGGUAUUGGCGGUGGUGUAUUGAUUCUGAAGAUGGUUGGUGCUUUGGCUGAGGCUGGCGGCUCCUUGGAAGACGUCUAUGCUCUAGCCCAGCUAGCCAACGCAAAUCUCGUCUCACUAGGAUCAUCUCUGGAACACGUCCAUGUGCCCGGCCGCGGUGUACCUGAAGACACGAUCCCGAACGGCGAGGUCGAAGUCGGCAUGGGAAUCCAUAACGAGCCUGGCUCGCACCGCGUGAAAUUCGACCUCGUCGAGCUGGUCGAGAGCAUGCUACUCCAGCUACUCGACCAUAACGACCCAGACCGCUGCUACGUGACUCGCCAGCCAGAGGACCAGUUCGUGCUGCUAAUUAACAACCUUGGCGGCGUCAGCCCGCUCGAGCUGGCUGGUAUCACAGACGAAGUCUACCGCCAACUCCAGCGCGACUACCAGGUCAACGUAAUCCGCGUGAUCCAGGGAACUUUCCUGACUAGUCUGAACGGUCUUGGCUUCAGUGUCUCGCUGAUGAAGCUGGUCGACCCUGGUCUAGGCGUGAAAACUACUAUGCUUGAGCUUCUCGAUGCCCCCGCUGAAGCUGUUGGCUGGUCUGCACCUAUCAACACCUCCACCUGGGAAAAAUACCGUAACGCGGCCCCCGUCGAGCUGAAGACCACCAAUCUAACCGAAGUCGUCCACAGCAACCUCCAGCUCGACCCAACCCUGAUCCAAAAAGUUCUCAGCGCCGGCCUACAGCGCGUAAUCAACGCUGAGGCUGAAGUAACACGCUAUGACACAAUCGUCGGCGACGGCGACUGCGGCAUCGGCCUAAAGCGCGGCGCCGAAGCAAUCCAAUCCCUCAUUAACGACACCUCCUCACCUCUCACAAACGACGUCGUCAGCACAGUCGCGCGAAUCGUGACUGUCGUCGAGAAUGUAAUGGACGGAACCUCUGGCGCGAUCUACGCUAUCUUCCUGAACGCACUCGCACACGGCUUACUGGCUCAAGACACAUCUUCGCCGACGACAGUCACGACGAAGACGUGGGCGGUUGCGUUGAAGUCUUCUUUCGAGGCUCUAGGGAAAUACACACCUGCUAAGGUUGGUGAUCGGACGCUUAUUGAUGCGCUCUCGCCGUUUGUGGAUUCUUUGCUUGAGAGUGGUGAUGUGAAGGUUGCGGCUGCGGCUGCGCAGAAGGGGACGGAGUCGACGAAGGCUAUGAAGGCCAGUCUUGGGAGGAGUGUUUAUGUCGGUGGGGAGGAGGAGUGGAUUGGGAAGGUUCCUGAUCCUGGGGCUUUCGGGUUGUCGGAGUUUUUGACCGGGCUUGCUGAGGGUGUUUAG